AUGGCAGGAGUUUCGUGUGUGUUAUUGCUCAACUCAUCUGAAGGAAACAGUGAUCCACAGAUUCUUGAGAAUCUUAUGAAGAAAUUAGAACUUCUUGGUGCACAAAAGUGCGGUCGAAUACAUAUAGAAAGCGCAGUUUACUUUUCAAACUUUGCUAGAUCUCAGUGUAAAACAUUUCAAGUUCUCACAUCAACUGAAUAUCCAGCAUCAUGUUUUGUAUUCUCUGACAAUCAAACAGCUCUUGUUGCCGAUAUAUCUUUUCGUGAAUUCCCAGGGUGCUUAAAAGCCUUUUAUCAACGUAAAAAGAAAUUACAAGUUGAAGCUAAAGGAAUAAAGUAUCAGUUGGGUGAUUUUACAAUUAAUUUUAUUACGAUAUUCAUGGGACAGAGUGCUUCCGUUAAAGGAUAUUUAAUCGAGGUUUGUUUUCAUGCAUCCUGCAUGAUACAUUUGUGUCGUGAUGUAUUAAAAGCUUUUAUUACCCAAGUAUUACCGGAUAUUUGUCCACCAGCUAAUAGUUCAACAGAACAUAUAUUUAGCCCAUCAUUUUUACAAGCUGUUGAAACGGGCACAUUUGAUGCACCACGUUGGCCACCCAGUCAAUUAACUUUCCCAGUGGAAAAUAACUUCCUGCAAGAUGAUUCUCCAUUAUCUCAUGUUUGCGUUCGUCUAACAAUGACACAAUAUGCAGAACACAUCAACGUUGUUAGACGUUUAUCAAGGCAAUCUGUAAACACACCGAGUACGCUUUCUACAAAUGGUUCAUCAUCAUAUGCAACUCCUUCAAAUAUUCCGUCUAAUCAAGCUAACAAAAACAUUCCAUCUAACUAUUCAACAUAA